GGAGAGGGACCAUUUCUUCUUCAUACCAAGAACAUUUCCCCCAUACCAACCACAAUUAGAGGAUAUUAAUCCUCGUUGUCGCUAUGGGUACCGGAAAGAAAGAAGCGACCAGGAAGGUCCGCCAGGGAAAGGUCGGAGAUGGCAUGGAAAACGUCAAGGUCAAGGGCGAGAAUUUUUAUCGUACUGGUAAACAAGCCAAGGUGUUGAAGAUCUUCACUGGUGGUAAGGAGAGGAGAAACGCUGCUGGAAAAAUCACACAAUCUGCUGUAUUCCAAGGCCGUGAAGUCCCAGCCGCCCGUAUCGAGCCAAACAGGAAAUGGUUCACCAACUCGAGAGUUAUCAGCCAGGAUGCGCUUUCUUCCUUUCGCGAUGCCAUGGCAGAGAGAGCAGCGGACCCAUACACCGUGCUGCUGAAGACGAACAAAUUACCUAUGACCUUGAUCAGAGAUGGAGAAGGCAAGAAUGGCAUCAAGCAGCAUCAAGCGAAGAUUGCGGUCGAAGCUUCACCUUUCAGCGAUACCUUCGGACCGAAAUCACAGCGUAAGCGUGUUAAGCUCAGCGUCAACUCUCUGGCGGAUCUUGCGGACGAUAGUGUCAAGAGCCACGAUACAUACCUGGACAGACUUGAGCAAGCCAAGCUUCUGAGCGGCAAUCCCGAGGAAAAAGAGACUGUUGGAGAGGCAGCACCUGAAGAUUACGGCUACGUCUCGAGCGCAAGGGAAGCUAUCUUCAGCAAGGGACAGAGCAAACGUAUUUGGAACGAGCUUUACAAGGUUAUCGAUUCUUCUGACGUUGUCAUCCACGUUCUCGAUGCAAGAGACCCGCUCGGCACGAGGUGUCGCAGCGUCGAGAAAUACAUCAAGGAGGAGGCACCGCACAAGCAUCUCAUCUUCGUUCUCAACAAGUGCGAUUUAGUACCUACUGGCGUUGCUGCUGCCUGGGUCCGCUAUUUAUCGAAAGAUUACCCCACCCUCGCCUUCCACGCCUCCAUCACCAACUCCUUCGGCAAGGGCUCCCUCAUCCAACUCCUCCGCCAAUUCUCCAGCCUCCACUCCGACCGCAAGCAAGUCUCCGUCGGCUUCAUCGGCUACCCCAACACCGGCAAAUCCUCCAUCAUCAACACCCUCCGCAACAAGAAGGUCUGCACCGUCGCUCCCAUCCCCGGAGAGACCAAGAUCUGGCAGUACAUCACCCUCAUGAAGCGCAUCUACCUGAUCGACUGCCCCGGUGUCGUCCCACCCUCCUCAUCCGACACCCCGCAGGAUAUUCUCCUCCGUGGUGUCGUGCGUGUCGAGAACGUCGAGAACCCUGAGCAGUACAUCCCCGCCGUUCUGGCGAAGACCAAGCCUCAGCACAUCGAGCGCACCUACGCGCUGCGCGGCUACAAGGACCACAUUGAGUUCCUGGAGCUGCUCGCUCGCAAGGGUGGACGUCUGUUGCACGGUGGCGAGCCGGAUGUGGAUGGUGUUGCCAAGAUGGUGCUGAAUGAUUUCCUUCGCGGAAAAAUUCCUUGGUUCACCCCGCCGCCGCUUUUGGAGGGCGCGGAGGCUGAUGUGAAGGGCGUCGAGGGCCGUAUGGGGAAGCUGGGCGAGAUGGGCAAGAAGAGGAAGAGAGAGGAUGCUGAGUCGACUGUUGCCGAGUCCGAGGCGGCUGAUACUUCUAUGGCUGAUGUGACUGGUGACGAUUUCGAGGGCUUUGGCUCGGAUGGUGGAGCAGACCUGUCGGAUGAUGGGAUGCCGGAUAGUGAUUCUGAGGUUGAGGAGGGCGGUGCGGAGCUUGAAGAUGAUGAUGAGGACAAUGAGGAUGCCGAGGAUGUGGACGAAGAAGAAGAGGAGGAGGAUGAGGAGGGUUUAGAAGAUGCGAUUGCACAGCAGAUUCGCGAGACGAUAAAAAGUAAUCCGAAAACCAGGGGUACGGUGAAGAUACCGACGCCGAGAAAGGAGCGGCGGACGAAGCGUUAAGAUAUGUAUAUAGUUGAAGAAGA